UUCAGUUUCAUUCCGCUAUCUUCAUUCUUCUGAUUGACAUCGUCCAGGCGCCUUCGGCUGUUGACUUAAGAGAAAAAAAAGCACAAACCCCAUCCUCACUCGUCAACGAAAAUGUUCAGAAGGGCAAUUAAAAUUAAAUCGAGCACUACAUUAAAAGGAUCCGCUAAGAAGCGGCUGGUUCAGCAAGUUCUAGGAAAGUUCCCAAACAUGACAGAAGAUGAUUUUUAUUCCAUCUUUCCUAGAAAGGAUAACAUACUAGAAGUGAAAAUAUGUUCGAACAGUAAAUUUUAUAUGGUUUAUUCGGUUCAAAAUAUCCCUCUACUUAUAGAGAAUGAGAAAUCAUAUAUUCCUACUGUUUUUCUUUUAUGGCAACACCCAUCCUUUGUCAAGACUGUUACCACACAUGAGCCUGUCAUUGAUAAGCUGAUUAAUGGCGCUGACUUAAUGAUACCUGGAUUGAAAUUUCAAGAUGAAGAUGAAUGCUAUCCGUCUUUCGAAAAGGAUGAAGUUGUAUCUAUUGCCAUACAGAGUAAUUUUGCAUCCUUAGCUGUAGGAACCACUGCCAUUUCUAGCGAAAGCAUCAAUUCCAACAAUGCUCAUGGAAAAGCCGUGUUGAUAAUGCACACCAUUAACGAUGAGUUAUAUAAAUUGGCACAACAUCCUCCAGAAAAACCUAUUAUUACUAGCGAUAUUUUAUCUAAAAAGAGUGACGAAAAUGCUGAAACUAGUAAAUCACAAGAAGAAUGUACUACCAAUACAGUUGAAGCAGAAUCUGAAAUUGAACCUGUUAAGAGUGAGGAAGUUACCGAUCAAAACAUCGAUUACAAUUAUAUACUUAAAAAAUAUUUUUUGGUUGGGUUGCUCAAUUUACCAAAAGAUUCACUGCCUAUUUUGACAAGUAUCUUUUAUAAAACUAAAUUUCUUUCCGCUCUGCCAGAAGAUGUUAAUUUCGACAUUAAAAAAACCUCAUACAAAAAAUUAUCAGGUUUUGUAAAAAACUUGGCAAACAAUUUAAUUAUAGGCAUGGAAGAGGUGCAAGGAGUCCAAAAGAUCAUCUCAGUAGAUUAUUCUCAUCCAGAAUUUGUAGAGUUUAUACAAUUCAAAGAGUCUGGACAAAGUAAACAGCCUCAAAAAAAGCAAAAAGUUUUAAUCGAAGAGAUGUAUAGGAUCACAAGUGGUGGUCUGCAAAUUCUGGGACAUUACAACUAUAAAAAAGGUGAUCUUAUUACACCAGGAGAUGUCCGUACACAUGUGAUGGAAUAUGUAAAGAAAAAACAAGUAGAACCUAGCCCAGUCAAAGGCUGUGUUUUUCUUGAUGAUGAACUAGUUUCUAUUUUGAAAACAAAAGAGCGGCAGAUUACAUGGAAAGAACUUUUUGACAAAUUUUUUCAUUUAUUAAGUGUUGUUUCUAUUGUAACACUACCCAAUGGGCAACAAGUAAAACAGAACUCCAAACUGCACCCAAUAGACAUCAAAGUUGCAAGUCGCUGUAAUAAUAAAAAGGUAACAAUUGUGUCAAACUUGCAAACGUUUGGCAUAGACGUUAAGGAUUUUGCCCAUGACUGCCAACUUGCUGUUGCUGCUAGUGCCACUGUCAAUGAACUCCCUGGCCAUCAAAAGGAUUUACAAUGCCAAAUACAAGGAAACCAUGCUAUUAUGAUCCGCAAAGUCUUACUUGAAAAAUAUGGGGUCCCUACAAAAUAUAUUAUUGGAGGAGAAGAAAAAGCAAAGAAAAAUUAAUGAAUUAAUAAUACUUAUUUAAUAUCCUACAGUCAUUUAACUGUACUCCAACAAGAUAUUUCAUUCGUUUAUCAUUCAAAGAUGUCAUUCAUUAAAAAAAACUAUUUUCCUUGAAUGUUGUA